CUCCGGCGGGAGUCCUCGCUGAUGGACGCCAAAUCUGUAGCCUCAGCCCUCAGGUCCUGAGGUCCAGGAGCAUGUCUCGCUUUAACUAAGCUCCAGUGGCGCCACCUGGCCGGACAACCCGAGCGGUGACCAGUCACAGUCAGUACGCGUAUUGAUGAGGUCGCCGACCACUGCUUCGCCGGGGAUCGGAGAAGAAGAAGAGUCGAGCCUUGGAUGGGAGGGACGCAACCUGACGCAGUGUAACCUACUGUUGCUGCAAAAAGGCCUGACACGUGCCCUCGUACGAUUGCCGCUGGGCGGUGGAAAGAGGCGGACGCUGGGUCGCUGGCAUUAGUAGGGAGGAGUGUGACGCAGCAGUCAGCGGGGAGCGAGAUUCACUUUGGUGGAGCUUCCAUGGGCUCCGGCUCUACCUCAUACGUACUGUACAUGUGCUGUAGCUAUACUAUUUACAAGAGUUAUUUUUCUCUCUUCCUCUCGCAGACCGGCAACGAGCUGAUGGAGCCACAAAUUUUGGUUCCACCGGUCCAGCUCACUCCUGCCACACACAGUGCGGGAGCCGGAGCCGGAGCCGGAUGGAGCGGGAAAAAAAAGCCGCGACCGCGCGACGCGGGCAGUUUAGAAACAGAGAGUGACCGCAUGCCAUGCAGCAAAUCCUUCUCCUCUGCCUCUCUCUCCUCGCCCACGCGGUGGCGGCGGUGGCGGCGGCGGCGGACGGAGAGGCUCGCUUCGGAGGGAGAGUGCUGCUUCCGCUGCGGGUGCAGGGGGCGCCGCCGCCCCCGCAGGCGCCGGCGAACAAGCUCCGGUUCCGCCACGAUGUGAGCCUGACCGUGUCGGUGGCCGUGGGCACGCCGCCGCAGAACGUGACCAUGGUGCUCGACACCGGCAGCGAGCUCUCCUGGCUGCUCUGCAACGGGACCGGGACGCGGGCGCCGGCCCCGCCGCCACCGGGCCCCGCGGCGGCGUUCAAUGCGUCCGCCUCGUCAACGUACGGCGCCGUCCGCUGCCCGUCGCCGGAGUGCCAGUGGCGUGGGCGCGACCUCCCCGUCCCGCCCUUCUGCGCCGCGCCGCCGUCCAACUCCUGCCGCGUCUCGCUCUCCUACGCGGACGCCUCGUCCGCCGACGGCGUACUGGCAGCCGACACGUUCCUCCUCGGUGGCGCGCCGCCCGUGCCCGCGCUCUUCGGCUGCGUCACCUCGUACUACUCCGCCACGGGCGGCCGCGGCAGCAGCGGCAACGCCACCAGCUCGUCCCAGGAGGCCGCGACGGGGCUCCUCGGCAUGAACCGGGGCUCCCUGUCCUUCGUGACGCAGACGGCCACCCGCCGCUUCGCCUACUGCAUUGGCCCGGGCUACGGGCCCGGCCUCCUCGUCCUCGGCGGCGACGGCGCCGCCCUGGCGCCGCCGCUGAACUACACGCCGCUCAUCGAGAUCUCGCAGCCGCUGCCGUACUUCGACCGCGUGGCCUACUCCGUGCAGCUGGAGGGCAUCCGCGUCGGCGCCGCGCUGCUGCCAAUCCCCAAGUCCGUGCUCGCGCCGGACCACACGGGCGCGGGGCAGACCAUGGUGGACUCCGGCACGCAGUUCACCUUCCUCCUCGCCGACGCCUACGGGGUGCUCAAGGGCGAGUUCCUGAACCAGACGCGCCCGCUCCUGGCCCCGCUCGGCGAGCCGGGCUUCGUGUUCCAGGGCGCGUUCGACGCGUGCUUCCGCGCGCCGGAGGCCCGGGUGGCCGCGGCGAGCCGGCUGCUCCCGGAGGUGGGCCUCGUCCUGCGCGGCGCGGAGGUGGCGGUUGCCGGGGAGAAGCUGCUGUACAGGGUGCCCGGUGAGCGGCGCGGGGAGGGCGGCGCCGAGGCGGUGUGGUGCCUGACCUUCGGGAACUCGGACAUGGCGGGCAUGUCGGCGUACGUGAUCGGGCACCACCACCAGCAGAACGUGUGGGUUGAGUACGACCUCCUGAACGGCCGCGUCGGCUUCGCGCCGGCGCGCUGCGACCUCGCCACCCAGCGCCUCGGCAGCGGAGCAUAAGCCUUCCACGCGUGCGCCGUGGCAUCUGUACUCGUUGACGUUGUGGGUCUCGCCAUGGAUGGCACACAGCAGCAGGGCGCGAAAUCGUUUGUAGAGAAGAUGGUCUCUCCGAUCACCUGCUGCUGUGUCAACUUUGUAUUAUGCGAACAAAUAUACGAGCCAAUGACAAACUGCUAUACUAGUAAUUUAGUUGUUUACA